UCAUGAAGAUGUCGCUCAACUUGGUAAGGGGAAUGAGUUGCUGCCUGACAUUAUCGAGAGUAAUUUGCGUAAUUCUUCACGAGGGUUUCAGGGGCACGUGGUCAGUCUGGAUAUUGAUAGAUAUCAUCUUUGUUGAUCCAGAUCGUCUUUGCUACAAGCAAGAUCCCGAAGGAACGCAAUUUUGCCAGGGUCAAUAUCGUCCGAUACCCGAUCUGGAGAGGUAACCGUGGUCGGUAGCCACAAGACAACGCCAGACCCGAUAGUACCCUCCGUGUGCUUCCCUCACUAAGUUCAAUUAUCU